AUAAGUAUUAAUGUAUCAAGUUAGCAAGUGCAAAGCCAUGAAGCCAUAGCCCCCUGCAUUGAUUUUGUAGAAUUUCCAAAAGUCCGGGGCUGCUUAGGCAUUAGGGUAGGGCUUAGCUGGGUGAGGCUCGAGCUACCCCCUGCUGUCCUGAAUCGAUUAAACGUCAUAUCAGUGGAUCAGUGGGUAGCUGUUCCUGUUUACGCAACGCGACCGAUCAACUUUGAUGAUACAAAUUCUCAUAUUCUAACUUUCUGUUUCAGACAAUUUGGAGUCUCAGAAUUCCAUCAUGGGAAUUACGUCUAGUUCUUUCGCAACACUAUCCAAGACUUGAAUUAAUAUCGCACAAGCUUUAGAAAGCUGGUUUUCCAGAGACACACACAACUCCCAUUUAUGUUCAUUCAAAUUUCAUAGAUCCCAAAAUGCAAACUGUCGAAGGAAUACCCGUCAUAUCGCAGAGCAAUACCGAAGAAAUUCUAGCUAAAGGGGAGGUUCCUCCUAAUCAGAAACCGAAAAAGGCGAAAGACAAGACAGGAACUCCUCCUUCGCGCUUCUCGCUUAGAGUAACAGCUGGCUGGUGGAGGUCUCUGCAAUGUAUUGGGAUGAGCUUACAUUUCCUAGCACCACCACGGCCACCAAAUCCAGACUUCAUCAAGUCCAUCCCCUCUACCUUGGCUACCACUAAAGGACAAUUUACUCUCCAAUUCUACCUCCCCGAGGGCUAUAGCAAGGAUCCGAAUAGCGACAAGUGGCCGGUCGUUGUCAAUUACCAUGGUGGGGGAUUCACACUGGGCAACGCUUCGGACGAUGCAAGAUUCGCGCGCUUCGUGUUAGAGAAGUGCCACGCAGUAUUUGUCUCAGUCGACUAUCGACUUGCGCCAGAAUUCCCCUUUCCCACAGCUGUCGACGAUGGCGCCGAUGCGCUACUAUAUAUCAUCAACAACGCGACAGAACUUCGAGUUGAUGAAAACAGGAUCGCAACCUCAGGAUUUUCUGCAGGUGGUAAUAUCGCUCUCACAGCACCAAUUCGCUUGUUUGAGCACCGGAAGGCGACAAAAAUCCCGGAGUAUCGUAUUAUCGCAAUCGCAACUUGGUACCCGAUAACCGACUACACUCUUAGCCGCGCUGAUCGCCGAGCAUCUGCGCUUCGUCCUGAAGCUACCUUACCACCAGCAUUGACAAAUCUCUUCGAUGCAUCAUAUCUAUUCCCUCCCGAAUUAGACCUUGCUCAUCCCUGCCUAUCACCUUCGAGAGCAUCGGACGAAAUACUCAUAGAAGCAUUACCUCCCAAUGUGAUGUUCUACACAUGCGAGUGGGACAUGCUAUUGCGAGAGGGUGAGGAGCUUGCCCAGCGGCUACAAAAACCGCCCAUUUCGAAGAAUGUCUACUAUACCAUGAUAUCUGACGUGGGACAUGGCUGGGAUAAGGGACCAAACCCAAUGAAACCGCCGACCAAGUCUGAGAAACUAUAUGGAGAAUGUUGCCGAAGACUCAGAAGUGUGUUUGAGGAAGAUCAGACUCAUACGAUUCUUCACCUCCCAAUUAAGCUGCCUACGUUACUCCUCCCCAAGCUUAAGAACGGGAACGACGCAGAAUGAGCGGCUAUACAUCACAAAGAAACACCAUGUAUAUAGGUACCUAUUCGAGGAUGUCCGCCCGAUCACUAAUAGUUGUAGAUACCAUAACAGAC